AUGGCCCCUAUCUUCAGGUAUAACCUUACGCUCUCUACCCUUAUAACCCAUGUUCACCCUCCUUCUCCUAGCCCUAGAGAUCGUCACUCCAACGAAGACAAAGGUCCGAAGUCACCGCGUUUGCGCCUGGAUUCGAUCGAAAUCGCGAAGCUUAACACUCAACUUGCAAGCCUCUCAGAACAGAUCUCCAAACGCAAUGACAAGAUCAAAAACUACAGAUCGUUGCACGCAGAACACAUGACAAGCAUCCAGCACAACAUCACACCUUACAUUCGCCGCCAGCUUGAGCUUGAUGCAGCUGGAAGAGGCAUCCAGAAGGGCAGUCCAUACCAGAUGCACUUGAUGAUGAAUCUGAGAAUCAGAGUGCAGUUCCUCAGAGACAGAAUCGAUCAGAUGACGGCUGAGAAUGCAAGCGAUGAGGAGAAGAUCGGACAGUUGGAGAAAAUGUUGGGUAUCGAGAAGAAUGACAUUCAGAACGGCGAGGAUGAUGCAUGA